AGUCCCGUUCUUGUGCGGCUCACACGCCACCUCGACGUCGCCCAUCGGGUUGCCUCCAUCGUCGAUGCAUUUUUCUCUCUUUUCUUUUCGAACGCAGUUUCGUAUGCUGAGUGUCACGCGUUGAGGGAAAGGAUAGUCGCGAAACAAACAAGGCUAUAGACAUACAAAACCCGCGACGAACAAACAGCCGCUACCCUCCGUUGCCGAAAAAGUCUUUUAUUUCCCAUUUGUGUACCCUUCUUCCCUCUCCCACCCACCCCUACGCUUAUGUGGGGAAAAAAGGCAGAUCACCGCUUAGCCCGUCUCGUCUUGUGAGCUGCGUUUCUGUCGACGCGUACCUUUCAUGUCCACCUAUCGAUGUGCCUUGUGCCACUCAAGUCAUGCAGACACAGAGCUGAACUUCUGCGUCUGCUGCCGCAAUGCAGUGUGCGACAACUGCACUCGACUGCGCUAUCCAAAUCGCACCAACGUAGGCGUGUGUGCGCGAUGCACCCCGCCUGCGUUUGCGUUUCGCUGCGGCCGCUGUGCCCAGCCGAUUCCCUACGCGGAAGUUGAAUUCUUCUGUGAUCUGUGCGCCACGCCUAUCUGCUUUAGCUGCGUCGCCGGCGGCGGUAGCUUCGAGUGCGGUCAGCUGAAGUGCUUUGACUGCUGCGACUACCCGAUGUUGCAGUCGCCGCGCAACGCGUACAUCCGACACGACGUCGACGACCUGUUUCUGCGCAACGUGCCGCUCCCUCUGGUGUCGAGCGCAAGCCCGGUCGCUGCCUCGCCGCCGCCGGCCCGCAUCGCCGCGGUGGCCGCCGCAGCGGUGAAGAGCACGAAGUAUCGAAAGUUGCUGGGGAAGGAGAAGUUGGGCGAGGGAGCGCAGGGCGUGGUGUUCAAGUGCCAUACCGAGGAGAACGAGGUGGUGGUGCUGAAGGAGAUGAUUUUUAACGACACCGACGUGGGCGCCUUCGAGUCGCAGGCGCGACAGGUCGAGCGGAUGCGUCAGUUGAAUCAUCCCCACCUCAUCCGCUACCUCGACGUCUUUGUCGUAGACAGCCCGCUGCGUAUUUGUGUUGUUAUGCCGUUUUACAAUGAGGGCGACCUCAAGAAGUUCAUUGAGCGUCAACACAAACCUGUGACGGAGGUGAAGCUGUGCUCGAUCGUGCUGCAAAUUGCCGGGGCGCUGCAUUACCUGCACACCCAAGACCCCCCGCUGGUGCACCGCGACAUUAAACCUGAGAACAUUCUGCUGCUGAGUCACGAGGAGCAGGUGCUGCUGAUGGACCUCGAUCUCUGCCGCACGGUGGACGUCACGACGAGUGUCAUUAAGCGUCGGGAGCAGUCCCCCACCUACGAGUAUCGUGCGCCGGAGUUAGAGAAGAGUUACGGCGACACCAAGGCGGACGUGUUUAGCCUUGGCGUCGUUAUGUUUGUGUUAGCCACCUUGCCUGAUUUCCCGUGUGUGCGGACGGUGUCAGGAGAUAUGCUGGUUCUGUCCGCCGCGGAGUGGACGCCCGCCUCGCUGGAGCGCGCCAUUCAGCGCGAGAUCAAGAGCGUCCGCCGCUACACCUACUCCGAUGAUUUUAGGAAGCUGGUCGUCUCGAUGCUCGUCCACCAGCCGGCGGCCCGCCCCACCGCGGAAGACGUCAUUCAUCGCCUACAAGCCAUCAUGGAGCACCGGCUCAUGGAGGGUAAGGAGUAG